CUCAUGCUUUAGUUUGAUUAUCGACUUCAGCGUGCGACGUUCUGACCAUGACGUGUGAUACGAAGGCUAAAUUAAAUGGCAAAGUGGUCGUGGUGACUGGUGGAAGCUCAGGGAUGGGCUUCGCAGCUGCUAAAAAUUUAGCAAAUCGUGGAGCUAGAGUCAUCAUCGCGAGCAGAAACGAAACCAAACUGAGAGCUGCCCAACACGAAAUCAUAGAAGCAACCGGUAAUCACAAUGUUGCAUACAAAACUGUGGACUUGGGAUCCCUUCAAUCAGUGAGGAAUUUAGCGAGUGAAUUGAAUGCUGAAGAUCAAAUAAAUGUGCUGAUAAACAAUGCGGGAUCAGUAGGACUUCCAGACAGAUUGACACCAGAUGGCUUGAAUCUCAACAUGCAAGUAAAUUACUUUGGAACUUUCUUACUUACGUUCCUAUUGCUGCCUAAGUUGAAAGCGUCAGCUCCGAGUCGAAUCCUAAACGGUGUUGGAGCAGCAAUGUAUUUCGGUGAAGUAAAUUUAGAUCACUGGAACGACGUUGGAAGAUAUGAUAUUUUAACUGGACUGGGAUCUUCUGAGUUGGCUAUUAAUGUGUUCAAUGAAGAACUAGCUAGAAAGUUAAAGUAUGAUGCAGUAACUGCUAAUGUUUAUGAUCCAUUUUUGGUACGAGACACCGAUAUCCUUGAAAAUCUUUCAGGAAUUAUUAAGAAGUUUUCCGUAUUGUUUAUUAGCACCAUUGGACACAGUAGGGAAGAUGCUGGUCGUGAAAUAGCUUAUUUAGCGGCUGCUCCAGAGUUGGAAGGUGUUAGUGGAAAUUUGUAUAAAUUCUGUCAGAAGAUCAAAAAUCAUUAUUUGGUGAAUGAUCGGAAGUUGAGGAAACGUUUGUGGGAAGAGUCGAAGAAAGCUGUGAAGAUAAACAAGUAUGAAGACUGGGAAGCUUAUGACAGUGUCUAAGUGAUUGUGUUCAAUUUAAAAAUGUGUAACCAUUAUUAUCUAAGUGGUGA